AUGUUGUUUGCUGUUGAUAUUGCGAAAUGCACGACGAGAGGCCUCGAUCACCGCUGCAAGACGUGUCAAGUGGCACAAGAUCGCGAACUGACGGCCUCUGCUGAUGAGACCGAGUCAGUAUUCUGGCUCUUGCUUGUGAUGUUGACUCGGCCAGAGAAUAGAUCUGAUAUUGUUUUGGCGUUUUGGCGGGUUGCCACUAUCGUCGCUAUCUGGCUAUCACGUGCUAACACAGAAUUUGGAGCUGCAAUCGGUCACGUGUUAUCGCUUCUGUCUUGGUUCGAGACACUUCACGUUAACCUAGAAUGCAAUGCAUCCGUCAAGCACUUAUUCUCUGAUCUACAAUCCGGUCUUCGCCUUGACGUUAUUGCACUUGGUGGUCUCGUCACUCACCACUCCUCUCAAUUCCCAGCCUCACAUUCGGAUUCUACGCCCAUUGCGCACAUCACUACCUCAAUACAGAUCCUCUUUGCGCUCUCACUACUUGCAGCAGACAUGUCAUCCUCGCCCGCAUUUCCUUCUUACCAACCACAUCGCCAUUCACAAUCUUACGCACCAAACGGUCCUCCUGCACCUCCACCCAAGCCGAACAGUCAAGAGGUCAGUCGUCGUAGUACACCGGCGGGUUCCCAACCCCUGCCUCCUCCCCCUCUGCCACCACAGCAGGCGAACUUCGGCACUUACGGACGCGGCCUUGAAGAUCCCCAGUCCUCCUCGCAACAGGGCCGAUUCAAUACCGAAGUCACGAAUAUAGACCAAAUACCGGAUCCUGGCGACCAAUGGCUGCCCAAGAUUCUCGAGGAUAAGUCUAAGCACGACCUCGCAGACGUCUUGGCAAAGCCUGAUCUUCUUGCUGCGUUGGCUCACUCAACUUCCACUGCUCAUCCAUCCGUUGCUGCUGCUCAAGAACCCUUGCAAGCUGCUCUGGAUGAGAACGUGGCUCUCGCAUCACAUCUGAACGAGCUAGAAGCACGUCUCUCCCACUUGAGGUCAUCUACUCAAGCGCAGUUACUAUCGACCCAUGCCCUGGAACGACAAUGGAAGCAAAAGCAAUCAGAAAUGGAUCGUGCGCUAGCGCCCUUUGCCCCCAUAUCACUGUAUCAGAUGCUAAAUCAAAGUGUCCAAGAGCAAGAGAAUGUAUGUCGGGCUCUAGAGGAGAGCUUUCUUGAAGGUGAUGGCGGUACUGCUUCUGAUAAAGAGGUCGUUGAAUGGGUCAGAAGAUACCGCGAAGCAAAGAAACUUUAUUACUCACGUCAAGAACGGAAACAGAGAUGGGAUGAGGGUCGAGUUGGUGGUUGGCGAUAA